AUGUCUCAGAAAGGAAAGAAAUGUAAAAUAUCUCUUCAAACUAAGCUUAAGAUUAUCGAGGCUGCUCAACGGCAAGCCUCGUACACUUCUAUUAUGAAAGAAUUCGACAUUUGCAACAAGUCGACAGUAGCCAUGAUACUAAAGAAUAAAGAAAAGUAUAUUGCUGCAGCACAAAAAACAAAUCUAGAGUGCCACAGGAUAUCGUCUUUUUCAAGAUAUCCCGAGGUCGACUGUGACAUUGAACAUUUUAUUUUCAAAUGCGUACAAAACAGCCAUCCGAUCAACGUCGAAAUUUUACGGAAAGAAGCAAAGAAGUGCGCUCAAAACCACGGGUACACCGACUUUCCCGCAAGUAACGGGUACUUAGAAAAGUUCUUGAAGAAAAAGCGCCGUCUGGACUCUGCCGUCGUGACCAAUGCCAUGCAAGAUUGGGCCAGUAAACUGCUGCCGCAGAUGGUCGAGGGGUACUCUAGGGACGAUGUCUUCAACGGAGACGAGUUCUCUCUCUCCUACCGCAACAUUCCCAAAAAGAUGCACCGGUCCCUCGAAGAACAGGGUCGCUACAACACGGAGAAGGUCACGGUGUUUGUGGCUGCAAACUGGAGUUCUAGCGACAAGCUGCAACUUGUGGUUAUCGGGAAAUCCAAGCACCCUGUGUGCCUAAAGAACAAGGAAGCACCCAUCAUUUACCGGAGCAGUCAAACGGGCCUCAUGACCCGGGAAGUUUUUGAAGACGUCAUGGUCGUGUUCAACGAGCACUUCAAGCAGCAGGGCCGGAAAGUCUUGUUUUUGGUGGACAUGUGUGACGAGCACAAGCUCUUGACCCUUUCGAAUCUCAAAGUAGACUUCUGGCCUCCUGCGGCUGCAGCCAAGCUCCAGCCUCUGCAACAGGGGAUCAUUCCGCUGCUAAGGGAGAACUACCAGCAGCUGUUCACACAGAAGGUACUGCUGUUAACCGAAGAAGGAGAAGUCCCUGCUGCGCGGAAGCUGACUCUCUUCGACACCAGCUUCAUGUUGCAUUCUCUCUGGGAACAAGUUGAGAAAGAUCAGAUCGCAAAGGCUUUUCUCCAGGCAGGUUUCCCAGAUUCGAAUGUGUCAUUGGCAGUGGUAGAUGCUGAACGUCGGGUGACCUGCAAAACCUCGGUGGCUGGGGAAGGCACUCUACAGGUUAUAGAUCUCUGUCGACAUUCAUUCAACGGGCCUUUUGCAGAGGAGGCAGUGAACUCGUCCAUGGAGGAAGACGGUGUCCCCUUAACAACUGGACUGUGCAAAGACAAUCUGAUAAUGAGUUCCGCGCUUGUUAAGGACUCUGUUGGAACAGUUGACCAUGUGUCUGUGGAGGAAAGUCCUUGCCUAUCAUCUGUCAAUUCUGAGGAAGUGGUGGAUGUUAAUUUCUCUGCUUUGCAGGUGGCGACUUUGGGAAAUGGCUGUCCCACUGAAGUGGGUUCUCUAACCCUUGUUGAGGAUGUUUCCUCUCCCCUACACUCGGUGACCGUUACUGCAGAAAAAAAUGAGGCUACAGCUUUAGCCCACAGGAGUUUGUCAAACCGACAGUUUGUUGAUGCUCGAGAAGCUAGUCUUCUAACAGAAAAUAUCAUUGAGGCUGCUGAGAAAACUUCCCGACGACUGUCUGGAACAGAUUCCCGGACUGGACGUGUAUCUGGAGAAAAAGCGCGGGACUUUUUGAUGGCCCAAAAAGCACUGCAAGCUGUUCGAGGGUAUGUUUCUUCUCAAGGUGCCCCAGAGGCUGUACUGGACAUGGUUUCAGGAAUUGAAACCUUCAUGGAGUCAACAUGAAGAACUGGAGCCAAGUGCCAGUGGGCAGCCAAAACACUCGAUUAAAGAAUGUCAAUUUCUUUUACAGCGAA